AUGGUGCUGCUAAAUCAACCUGCAGCUUGUGUUGGUUCUCCUGGUACUCCUGGAUAUCAAGGACAGGCUGGCGCACCGGGCAUCAAAGGAGACACUGGUCCUGCAGGACCGGCUGGUGAGAAAGGUGAACAGGGCUUCCAAGGACAACCAGGAUUUCCAGGGCCACCAGGUGCCCCUGGUCCAGCUGGUAAACCAGGAAGAGAAGGUUCACCUGGACUGAAAGGUGAAAAGGGUAUCGAUGGUUCUUCAGGCCCUCAAGGAUCAACUGGACCCCCGGGUUCCCCUGGCUCUCCAGGAUUGAUGGGCCCCCCCGGCAUUGAGGGAAUAGAUGGAAAAGAUGGGAAACCAGGGCUGCGGGGGGAGCCAGGCCUUCAAGGCCCAGCAGGACCUCGUGGAAUACCUGGAUUCAAAGGAAAAACAGGACAUGUUGGCUUUCCAGGACAGAAGGGAGAACCUGGACCAUCAGGUCCACCAGGACCAUCCGGCAGACCUGGUCAUGAGGGUGAUCCUGGUUCUCCCGGCGUGCAGGGGCGACCAGGACCUGCGGGCCACAUUGGUCCCACGGGCCCAGCAGGACCCCCAGGGCCACCUGGUCCAUCAGGAAUGGGUAUAAAAGGAGAUAAGGGCCAAGCUGGUGAAAGAGGCCUCCCGGGGAUGGGUGGACCUCCGGGACAACCUGGACAUCCAGGACCUUUGGGCGAGCCUGGCAGUGAUGGUGCUGCUGGUAAAGAUGGAGCGCAAGGCCUACCGGGGGACAAUGGACAGCCAGGUCAAAAGGGUGAGCCAGGGUCCGCUGGCCAAAGGGGUCCUCCAGGUGAGAGAGGCCGACCAGGUCCCCCAGGUGGAGGAGGGUAUACUUCCAAGGAUGCACAACCCAUGAUGGGACCUAGCGGACCCAGAGGGGAAAGAGGAAGCACAGGCUCUACAGGCCCACCUGGGCUUCCAGGAUCUCCAGGGGUACCAGGAAAUGAUGCUGUCGUCAAUUACGAUGAAAUCAAGAACUUCAUUCGUCAACAGGUCAUCAAGAUAUUUGAUGAGAGAAUGUCCUAUUACAUGUCUCGCAUGCAAAUGCCAGUAGAGAUGGUGGCAUCACCUGGUCGACCAGGACCCCCAGGGAAAGAUGGAUCCCCGGGUAACCCUGGAUCUCCAGGUGCUCCUGGACAUCCAGGGCAGAUUGGCAGGCAAGGACGUCCAGGAGGACCAGGACUUCCAGGGCCACAAGGACCAGCUGGAGUAAAGGGUGACAAAGGCAUUGGAGAGAUGGGAGAUAUAGGACCCCCAGGACCAGCAGGUGUCCCAGGCCCUCCAGGCUAUGGCAAAACGGGACCCCCUGGUCCUGUUGGCCAGCAGGGUGUUCCUGGAAUUCCAGGCCCUCCUGGACCACCUGGAACAAAAGGAGUAAAUGGUCGUUGUGAUCCUGCAGACUGUAUGAGCCACCAAGUAGAAUACAGUCCUAAAGGCCCACCUAUCAAAGGACCCUGGUAGAGGGCUUAAUGGGAGACGGAGGUUAAGGGUUUGGGUCCACAGCAAAAAGAUUACAGC